AUGAUCACAGGCGAGCCUGGCAAUACUAUGCGCAAAGAAGUUAUGAAGCUCCAAGGGGAGAAGUUCCAAGCCUUCUGCAAAUAUGGCAGCGUCUGGGACAAUGUUUCACAGCAGUACGAGGCCAUUGAUGCUGCUGAAGACCGCCUCCGCAAUGAUAAGGGUGCCACCCCGGAGGAGUUGGAGGAAGCUAUCGCUGUGCUGCAAAAGUUCCUGGAUACCUCGGACCCGAUCCUCAACCAUGGCUAUGAUCUCAUUCGCAUGCUUAAUGAUAAUGAGGCCCUUUCGCUCCGCCAGCUUGUUGCGGCCCAAGGAGAGGCUACGAUUUAUCGUCAAGAUCGCGUUUACUACCAAAUCAAGGCCAGCCGCGCUACACUUUUUUGCAGAAAGAUCCGCACCAAGAUAGUCAAGCCCUUCAAGGUGUGCGCUGCUACGGCUAAGAAGAUUUGUCGCAAAAUCAGGAAGGCGAAGAAGAAGAAGGGGAAGAGACCAGCAGGUGCACUUGUGGUCUAA